AAACUCUGAGCUCUCUCUCUCUCUCUCUCUGCUGUGCGAAAAUGGCGAUGAAGGCAUCUCUCAAAGGCAAGUACGAUGCUGACAAGACCAGCGGAAUCGGUUCAUUCGCCUUCAACGCCGGAGAUAUAAAGCUACGCGCCACCAUGACCGAUGCUACCUUCGUCGCCGGCCCUACUUUGAACGGACUCUCUCUCGCCGUCGAGAAGCCUGGUUCCUUCAUCGUCGAGUACAACGUCCCUAAGAAGGAUGUUAGGUUUCAGUUUAUGAACACAGUAAGGAUAGCUGAGAAGCCUUUGAAUUUGACUUACAUACAUAGCAGAGCAGAUAACAGAACUAUUGUCGAUGGGAGUCUUGUGAUUGAUUCAGCAAACAAACUCUCUGCUAACUACAUGGUUGGUACAAACAACUGUAAGCUUAAGUAUACUUAUGCUCAUGGAGGGUUAGCUACGUUUGAGCCGUGUUAUGACUUGGCCAAGAAUACGUGGGAUUUCGCGGUUUCUCGGAGGUUUUACAGUGGGGACUCUGUCAAGGCGACUUAUCAGACGUCUAGUAAGUUGCUUGGUUUGGAAUGGUCAAAGAACUCUAAAGCAAGUGGAUUCAAGGUAUGUGCGUCUGUGAAUCUGGCGGAGGAAGUGAAAACGCCGAAAGUGACUGCAGAAACCACAUGGAACCUCGAAAUGUAGUCUCCUUUUUACCAUUUGACUUCAAUUGUUUGGUGUUAUAAUAACACAUUUAACUAGUCGUUCUUGCAAAUCUUUCAAAAUUUUGUUAUCUUUA